AUGGCGGCCGCAAAUAACCAGAACGUUAUUCGCAGGAAACUGGUAAUUAUAGGCGAUGGUGCAUGCGGAAAGACAAGUUUACUUAGUGUCUUCACCCUUGGGUAUUUUCCAACAAUUCCGACCGUCUUCGAAAACUACGUUACAGAUUGCAGGGUGGAUGGCAAGUCGGUGCAGCUAGCAUUAUGGGAUACGGCAGGCCAGGAAGACUACGAGCGAUUGCGGCCCUUGGCAUACUCAAAAGCGCACGUCAUCCUAAUAGGGUUUUCUGUCGACACACCAGAUUCAUUGGACAAUGUGAAGCACAAGUGGAUCGAAGAAGCUACCGAAAAGUGCCCCGGGGUACCCAUCAUCCUCGUCGGCCUCAAAAAGGACUUACGGGAAGACCCGGUGGCCAUCGAGGAGAUGCGUAAGAAGAGCAUGCGCUUUGUCACUGAGCACGAUGGUGAGACUGCGGCCAAGGAAGUUGGUGCCCGCAAAUACUUAGAGUGCUCGAGCCUCUCUGGCGAAGGAGUCGACGACGUCUUUGAGGCAGCCACACGCGCAGCCCUCUUGACCUUUGAGAAGGGUGAGGGAGCCGGAUGCUGUGUGAUCCUAUAA